AUGCUAAAGGUUGCGAAGGUGUUGAGUUUAAAGAUUGUGAUGAUGAUGAUUCCUGGAAAUAAAAACAACAUUAUAAUAAACAUUUUUCUAUUUCAGGUACCCAGAACAAAAGAAAAUUGGAAGAUAUUGGCGCAACGAUUUGGAAAUGCAUGGAAUUUUGAUAAUUGCAUUGGAGCUGUAGAUGGAAAACAUAUCACUUUGCAAAAACCUGAGCAUUCUGGUUCCUACUAUUAUAACUAUAAAGGAACAUACAGCAUAGUACUUAUGGGUAUAGCCAAUGCAAAUUAUGAAUUCAUUAUGGUUGAUGUCGGUACAAAUGGCAGAGUGUCAGAUAGAGGGAUUCCAGAGCCAGAAGAAUUGCCAAACACUAAUAAAAAAAUGCCUUUUGUGUUUGUAGGCGAUGAAGCUUUCCAACUACUUCCAAACUUUAUGAAACCUUACAAUAAACAAGUGUUAAAUGAUAACAGAAGGAUCUUCAAUUAUAGAUUAUCUCGUGCUCGGCGAAUAAUUGAAAAUGUAUUUGGCAUUCUUGCAAGUCGUUUUAAGAUUUUCCAAAAACAUAUUAAAUUAUCUCCAAGAAAAGCAAAAAUAGUAGUAAUGGCGUGUUGCCAUCUACACAAUUUACUUAUGAAACAAAAAAAUUACGUUCGACAUGGAAAAAUAGAUGUGGAAGAUUUUGUUACAGGGGCUGUUAUUCCAGGUACUUGGAGAAAUGAGUCAAUGUUGUUAGGUAUUGAGCAUACUCGAUCUGGAAAUAGUGCUACUCUAGCAAAACAAGUUAGAGAUGAUUUUUGUGAAUAUUUAAAUACAACGGGCGCUGUUCCAUGGCAAAAGAAAUGUUUAGAGUAA